AUGGGAAGUGUGCGGGCCAACCGCUACAGCAUUGUGUCAUCAGAGGAGGACGGCAUGAAGUUGGCCACUGCUGCAGUGCCAAAUGGGUAUGGUAACGGGAAGACCAAGGUGCACACCCGUCACCAGACCCAGAGCAGGUUCGUCAAGAAAGACGGACACUGCAAUGUGCAGUUCAUCAACGUCAGUGAGAAGAGUCAACGAUACCUGGCCGAUAUCUUCACCACGUGCGUGGACAUUCGCUGGCGAUGGAUGUUUCUCAUCUUCUGCUUGGCCUUCCUGCUGUCGUGGCUGUUUUUUGGAUGUAUCUUCUGGCUGGUUGCCAUAUUCCAUGGAGACCUGGAAAAUGCAAGUCCGAAGUGCGUUUCGAAUGUAGGCACCUUCACGGCUGCGUUUCUCUUCUCCAUUGAGACGCAAACCACUAUCGGCUAUGGCUAUCGCUAUGUUACGGACGAGUGUCCCAUCGCUGUGUUCAUGGUGGUAUUUCAGAGCAUUGUAGGCUGCAUCAUUGACGCCUUCAUCAUCGGUGCUGUGAUGGCAAAGAUGGCAAAGCCCAAGAAGAGGAAUGAGACGUUGGUCUUCAGCCACAACGCUACAGUGGCCAUGAGGGACAAUAAGCUAUGCCUCAUGUGGAGGGUGGGCAACUUGCGCAAAAGCCAUCUAGUAGAGGCCCACGUUCGGGCUCAACUUCUUCGAUCUCGCACCACAGCUGAGGGCGAGUUUAUCCCUCUAGACCAGAUGGACAUUGACGUGGGCUUUGACAGUGGCAUUGAUCGCAUCUUCCUGGUGUCACCUAUUACAAUCGUUCAUGAGAUAGAUGAGGUCAGUCCUUUCUAUGACAUGAGCAAGCAAGAAAUGGAAAACUCUGAUUUUGAAAUCGUAGUGAUCCUGGAAGGUAUGGUGGAGGCCACUGCCAUGACCACCCAGUGCCGUAGCUCCUACGUGGCCAGUGAGAUCCUGUGGGGUCACCGCUUUGAUCCUGUACUUUUUGAGGAGAAAAAUUAUUACAAAGUAGACUACUCUCGCUUUCACAAGACCUAUGAAGUGCCAAGCACUCCCCUGUGCAGUGCGAGGGACCUUGCUGAGAAAAAAUAUAUCCUAUCCAACUCAAAUUCUUUUUGUUAUGAGAACGAGGUGGCCCUUUCAAACAAAGAGGACAAAGAGGAAGGGAACGGGGAUAGCAUGGGGCCUGUAGGAACAAACACCGACACUAGCUCAGACUCAGACCACAGCCAAGCCACCUUAGAACCACGGCCACUGAGGCGGGAAUCUGAAAUAUGACUGUGCAGAAAAUGUGGCAAGGUUUAACAGACACCUCUUCAAACAGGCACAUUGAGCUGAACUGAGCCCUUUGGUGAGGCAGACUCAAGCUAACGGUACAGUUGCGAGGAGGAAUCGACAGAGAAACUGUACAAGAGUGUUCUAAUGAAAAUGCAUGGUUAAAAACAGCAUAGAGGCACUGCACGGCUAAUGAAGAAUGCACAUCAUGGGGAAGAGUGGGUUACCCAAUUAGGCUACCUUUUAGACUGUUGCUUCUAUACAACAUGAAGUGGAGAGGAUGUAACUGGUAGGCAAAACUUGAAAAUGUGCAGGCAUGCAGCCCUGUGCAUUUGGCUGAAUGUGAUGUCAGAAUGAAUUUGAGCUUAGACACAUAUUUUAAAUCAUUUUCAGCCAUUCACGCAUGCUGCUACAAAAGGUGAUUUGAUGUCUGCAUUGAAAAUUAAUAUGUACCCAGUUCUGUUCAUUUCAAUUGGACAAUUUGAAUAGUUGAAAACGGAAAAAAUACAUUAAUGCUCUAUAUUUACAAUAUAUAGAAAAUAACAUUAGAAGGUAAAUUUAAAGAAAUACCACUCCACCUUCAGCACAGAAGGACUACAAAUGAGAAAUGCACAGUUAGACAAUGUCUUAAGUAUAAAAGGACAUUAAAGUCCUGAUUCUACUGUGUAGUUAAUUAUCCCAUCGUUCCCUUUACUCCUUUCUAUAUAAGUCAGCUGAGCCUGCAGUUUAUUUCAGGUUAUCCUAAGGCAGGCUUUCUGAGGAGGAACGCACAGGAACAUGCCUGUUUAUUGUGAUAAAUCGGACAGGGUCUUUAAAUCAGUAUCAGAGUGAGGCAUCACAGUCAUCGUGUCUGCAGGGAUGAAAAGAGUGAACAUGUUAAUGAAUGUCUUUCUACAAGUGCUGCUAAGUUGAAUAUUAUAGAGUUUUAGAUGAAACCAAAGAGUAUUCAAAACAAUUUUUUUUUCUCAGACAUAAUACAACAGGAGUCAAAACAUGGAGUAAAAAUAAUAUUUGUAAAUUAAAAGAAUUGUUUUGUUUGCUUACGCACAUGAUGGUUUAUUUUAUCAGAUAUUUUCUUAUUCAAAUCCAAAUGUGUAUUGUACAAUAACAGAAUAACAAAGCCCAUAGGAAAUAAGACUGCUACAGGUUAGCCGGCCUUAUUUACAAACAGUAAAACCCUUGUUUUUUUCCCAUAACUUCAGUGUUACUACAGUUUAGUGCUACAUAAGUGUUUGGGUUGAAAGUACUGCUAGGAAACCUUUAGAUUUAAGGUUCUGUUUGCAUGGAUUACAAGUAGUUUCAUUUACAAACUGUGUGAGUGUACCAGGGUCGAAAGGUUUGGGUUUAUGUACUUUUUGUUUUAUUUAAAAGAAGGACAGAAAGCAGCCCACUCUCCCUUCCGACUUUAAACCUGUCUAAUCAUUCAUUAUUUCUUAAUCAACUCUAACCUCUUGUCUUACCUGGUAAACUGCAAUACAACCCAAAUGACUAAUUUGGCAUGUGUACCAAGGACUGGGUAUGUAGGACUUUGUAAUUAGACUGAGAUCGUGGUACUGUGAUCCAAAGACAAUCAGAACACAGAAUCUGAGCUCAGAACCGCACUUGCACACAAAAUGUGCACUUGAGAUGUCACAUCACACUUGAUUGCUUUGUCAAUCUUAAUUGCAAUGUUUUCAGCCUUGUUUUUUUUUUUUUUUAUACCUAAAGUAAUGCAAAACGACCAUUAGAGCAUGUUCUCCGGAAAGCUCUAUAAAAGGAGACAAUAAAUGUAGGGUAUUUAAAAAAUACAAAUAAAUACUGCACAUUAUACGGCUGUGUUACACAUACAAAAGAGGAUAAAUUGCUAAUACUGUUUCAUCUAUCUAUCUAUCUAUCUAUCUUUUUUUUUUUUUUUUUGACAUCUAUUUUGCAAGAGACACUUGAUGAACAGCCACAUUUUCAGUUAGCCUGAUGUGUACUGGCAACUGUUGGCUAAUGGGGAGGAAGUGCUCUUUAUAAUUACUGAUGGUCUAUAGGCAGCAUUUCAUUCUCUGUGUUGUAAAUAUCCUCAUACUUUUUGCAGUCAUUUUGUAUCAGUCUUCCCUAUUGUACUGAAUAAAGAAAAACAAUGGAAUGUACAGAUUUUUAUAUUAUGAUUAAUCUUAUUGUUGUUCUUAUUAUAAUUAUUAUAAUUAUUAUUGUGAUUAUUAUUGCACAUGCUAUUUUAUUUCAUUUUUCAAUAAAAAAAGAUUGAA